AUGGCUGUCGACGCAUCCGACCAGAGCGAGUCGCACGAUUCUACCAGGUUUAACAACGUUGAUGCUGCGUCCGAGGAGAAAUCAAUUGAGGAAGGGGUGAUGGCACUGACGCCAAACCACGAGGAUGUAUUGAAAGAUCAAAUCACCGGUCCUGUGACCUGGCAGGGCUCCGUCCGCUUUCUAUUGAGUUGCACUAGCACUAUCGAUGGACUUGUGCUGGGAUCGAGCGCCGUUGCGGCCAUAAUAGGAGGUGCAGCAACCCCCUUUGCAAUGCUUCUAUUGGGAAACAUGGGACAGUCCUUUCGCGGCUUUUUCAUGGGGCACACGACGCUUGACAAGUUUAGCGAUGAAGUCGCUAACAUCAGUCUUCUCUACGUCUACCUGGCAAUCGUGGAGUUUUCUGCCAUAUACUUUGCGACGGUUGGUUUCACCAUGGCGGGAGACCGAAUUGCUCAACGCGUCCGGGAGAAAUAUUUGGCUGCUGUCCUGCGUCAAAAUAUUGCUUACUUUGACGGUCUUGCCAUCGGCGAAGUCAACACGCUUCUGGAUGGUGUCGAUAUUUCUACACAGGACGUCUCAUGGCUAAGACAGAAAAUUGGCCUUGUUGAGCAAGAUCCGACUCUCUUUUCAACUUCCGUUUAUGAAAACAUUCGCUUUGGCCUUGUCGGAUCGGCUCAUGAGAACCUCGAUGACGCUGCAACACAGAAGUUGGUGGAAGAUGCAGCAAGACUUGCCGACGCCUACGACUUUAUCAUGGCUUUGCCCGAGGGGUUUUCAACAAACGUGGGAGACUCUGGAUCUCUCAUAUCUGGUGGCCAGAAGCAAAGGAUUGCUAUUGCAAGAGCCGUCAUAGGCGAUCCGAGGAUAUUGCUUUUAGACGAGGCAACCUCCGCGCUAGAUGCAAAUGCGGAGCGUCGCGUUCAAAGAGCUCUAGAGAAUGCAUCUAAAGGACGAACGACGAUUUCGAUUGCCCACAGACUGUCGACCAUCACUCGAGCAGAUAACAUUCUUGUCAUGUCCGAGGGCCGCAUCGUUGAACAAGGCUUACACACAACCCUCAUGGAGUACGACGGCAUCUAUUCCAAACUGAUCCAACAUCAGAGUGUUCAAGACCCAGGAAGGAACAGAACCGAAGUUGAUGUCCCACUACAAGAAGGAGUGGACAAGGAUGUGUCUCCCAGGCACUCCGAAUUGAUCAAACAGUCUACUGGGUCUACCGCCACAAUACUUGAAGAAAAGACUACUGCGAGUUCUAUCUGGAGCUUGGCUCUCUUUGUUUUCGGUCUCAACCCUAAGGGCCGGACGUUGAUUCUUCUGGGCGCCUUGUUUUCCAUCGUUGCCGGGGCGAGUCAUCCAGCACAAUCCGUUUUCCUCGCCAAGAUCAUCGCCGCCCUGUCUCAAAAUCCAUCCGAGCAUAAAAAUGUGCGUGAAGAGGUUGAUUUUUGGAGUUGGAUGUACUUUAUGAUUGGCUUCACCACCGUUGGCGGGUGGCUAGGGCAAGGCGUUUGUCUAGCGUAUUACUCGCAACGACUUACACACAUUGCUCGUGUCAAGGGGCUUGAUACAGUACUGCACCACGACAUUGGCACAUUUUCCCGCAACGACCACUCUACUGCCGCUCUCACCAGCAUUCUCUCGACAAGCGCCUCCAGUCUCCAGGGCCUAUCAGGUGCAGUUCUCGGGACACUCCUUGUAGUUCUGACGGUUCUGGUUGCAGGAUUCGCCCUCUCGACAGCCAUCGGAUGGAAGCUUGCUCUUGUCUGCGCGACGACAACCCCAAUCCAGAUUGCAUGUGGUAUCAUUCGCUUGAAAUGUGUCGCCAUGCUCGAGGGCCACUCUCGCCAGGUCUACGAAUCGUCUGCCAUCUAUGCAUGCGAGUAUGGUUCCAACAUCCGCACUGUUGCAGCACUUACGUUGGAAAGAACCAUACAAAAGACCUACCAUCGACUUCUUGAAAUGCAGCGGAAGAAAUCUCUGCUAUUGGUCAGCCAAUCUUCGCUACUUUAUGCAGCAUCGCAGUCGUUGAACUUCUUGUGUGUCUCGUUGACAUUUUGGUAUGGUAGUCGGCUAGUGACAACGGAAGGGUACACCAUGUUCCAGUUCUUCGUCUGCUACACAGCCAUCAUAGCUGGAUCCUUCUCAGCGGGAGCCAUCUUCUCGUUUGCACCGGAUAUCGGGAAGGCGAGGGACUCGGCUGAGCGUAUGCAGGCUCUGUUCUGUGAACCGGUCAACAUUGAUGUACGAGAAGACGGAGGGUCCUCGUUUGACAAUACAGAUGGGACAAUCGAGCUUAAAAAUGUGUCUUUCCGGUACCCCAGUCGUCCCGAACACAUGGUACUCGACGAUAUUAAUAUUACAAUCCUAUCUGGUAAGUAUAUCGCCUUAGUCGGAUCCAGCGGCAGCGGCAAAAGCACAAUUAUAUCGCUUCUUGAGCGUUUCUUCGACCCGGACGAUGGCCAGGUGUUUUUCGGAUCUCAGAACAUCAAGGAUCGGAACUUGAGAAACUAUCGCCGACAGCUAGCUCUUGUGAGUCAAUCGGCGACUCUUUUUGACGGCACGAUACGCGACAACAUUAUCUUUGGCGUGGAGGACGAGAACUUCAGCGAAGAGGCCGUUAUGCAAGCCUGCAAAGAUGCCAAUAUUUUGGAUUUCAUAUCUUCUCUGCCGUAA